AUGGAGGCAGAGAUGGUCCUGAGCCACCGGGCACCGCACAAGGUGCUGAGUGAGGCUGACCUGGAGGAGGUGGCACGGCGGAAACCUCCCAACAAGUCCUUGCUGAGUGGCUGUCUCCACAAGACCAGAUGCUCAGCCUCUGCUGCCAAGUCCCUGCUCUUCCGCUUCCUGCCCUUCCUGCGCUGGCUGCCCCGCUACCCAGUCAAGGACUGGCUCCCAGGGGACAUCGCCUCGGGCUUCAGUGUGGGCAUCAUGCACCUGCCCCAGGGGCUUGCCUACGCACUGCUGGCCGGGCUGCCGCCUGUCACUGGUCUCUAUUCUUCCUUUUACCCUGUCUUCCUUUACUUCUUCUUUGGAACGUCCAGGCACAACUCCGUAGGUCCCUUUGCCGUAAUUUCCGUAAUGAUCGGCAGUUUGACCGACUCCCUGCUGCCCAGUGAGAACUUCCUGGAGUUUGUCAAUGGCACAAACAUGACGAUGGUCAAUGAGGAACGGCGUGAUGCUGCCAGGGUGGAGCUGGUGGCCACCAUCACUGUCCUGACGGGCAUCUUCCAGGUGGCCCUGGGUCUCCUGCAGUUUGGCUUUGUGGUGACCUACCUCUCAGACCCACUAGUGCGCAGCUACACCACCGCUGCCUCCGUGCAUGUCCUCGUCUCCCAGCUCAAGAACGUCUUUGGUGUCUCCCUGGCUGAGCAUUCAGGGCCGCUCUCACUAUUUAUUACCUUCAUUGAGAUCUGCCGGAAGCUGCCAGAGACCAACGUUGGCACCUUGGUGACAGCCAUCAUUGCCAUGGUGGCCAUCUUAAUUGUGAAAGAGCUCAAUCACAAGUUUGCCUCCAAGCUGCCCAUGCCCAUCCCCAUCGAGCUUUUCACGAUCAUCAUCUCCACCGGCAUUUCCUACGGUGUCAACCUGAACGCCAAGUUUGGCAUCUCCGUGGUGGGCAACAUCCCCAGCGGGUUGAAGCCGCCCGUGGUCCCUAACUUCAGCUACUUUGGGCAGGUGGUGGGCAAUGCCUUUGCCAUUGCUGUGGUGGGCUAUGCCAUCUGCAUCUCCCUGGGCAAGAUCUUUGCCCUGAAGCAUGGCUACAAAGUGGACAGCAACCAGGAGCUGAUCGCACUCGGCUUCUGCAACUUCCUGGGAGGCUUCUUCCAGUGUUUUGCCAUCAGCUGCUCCAUGUCACGGAGCCUGGUGCAGGAGAGCACAGGGGGCAACAGCCAGGUAGCUGGUGUCAUCGCAUCUCUGGUCAUCCUGGUGACCAUCCUGAAGAUCGGAGAGCUCUUCCGGGACCUGCCCAAGGCCAUCUUGUCUGCCAUCAUCAUCGUCAACCUCAAGGGCAUGUUCAAGCAGUUCAAAGACCUCCGCACGCUCUGGAAGUCUAACCGGGUGGACCUGGUAGUCUGGAUCGUGACAUUUGUGGCCACCCUCACACUGAACUUGGACAUUGGCCUGGGGGCCUCAGUGGCCUUCGGGCUACUCACCGUCAUCUUCCGCACACAGCUCCCCCACUACUCCAUCCUGGGACGCAUCUCCGACACCGAAGUCUACAGGGAUGUGGCUGAAUACGAGAUGGCACAGGAGAUCCCUGGUGUGAAGAUCUUCCGCUCCUCCUCCACCCUCUAUUUUGCCAACGUGGAGCUGUAUGCUGAUGCCCUGAAGAAGAAGAGUGGUAUCGACGUGGACCGCCUGAUUGAGAAGAAGAAGAAGGCCCUCAAGAAGCUGAAGAAACGACAGAAGAAAGCAGAGAAGGAGAAGGCAAAGAGGAAAAAGAAGGCAGAGGAUGGGCAGAACGGCCCAGGGGUGGCAGUGAUCGAGCUGAGCGACGCAGAGGGCGGCACCCCCCCCGAGCCCACCCUGCGCACCCUGGGGCUGCCCCAGCCUGGCUUCCACUCUGUCAUCUUGGACUUCAGCCCUGUCAGCUUUGUUGACACUGUCUCCAUCAAGAUCCUGAAGAACAUCUUCAGGGAUUUCGGUGAGAUAGAAGUGAACGUCUUCAUUGCCUGCUGCUCAGUGCCUGUCCUCGCCCAGCUGGAGCGGGGCAACUUCUUCAGCUCGGCCAUCACCAAGCACUGCUUCUUCCCCUCGGUGCACGACGCCGUGGUCCACAUCGGCAGGGAGCUGCGCCAGGCCCCGCUGAGCGCCCGGCCCCAGCCCAGCCCCGGCUGCGCGGCGGGGGGGCAGCCCGGCCGAGCCCCCGCUCUGCCCCCGCAGCAGGACCGCAGCACCAGGAUGUAGCCCUGCGAGAGGAGAACGCCUCCCCAAGGAGCCGGGUGGCUGAGGAGGGCUCCGCUGCUCCCAUGACACCAACGCGCCCACCCCGGGGCCUCAGGGUCCUGUCAC